CACGCCACCACCUUCGCUUUUCCCCAUUCCCUCGCCGCCGCCGCCGACCCACCUCCCCUGCGCCACCGAAGCCGCACCAUGGCCUGCCUCCUCUCUUCUCCCACCACCUUCGACGACUACCUCGUCCGAACCAACCUGCGGCCUCACCCGAGCCCAGGCACUCAAGGCCUGGCCCCGGCUUCUCCGCUGCCGACGUCGCCCCCCUCGUUGCCAAGUUGGUCCGCGCGAGCGCCGCCGAUGGAUGCUGCUUUAGCUGGCCCAGUUUUGACCCACAUCAAUGUGGGAAGAGGGUUUCAACAGGAGCUUAUCCACCUAGGAGCAACACAGAUUGCGCGCACAGAUGGGUUUCCUCACAAGCGGUGAGGUAGCUGACUCUGAGAGUCAGGUGACUCCCUUUGCUAAAGCUGGGAUGGGUUCCCUCACAAGCGGUGAGGUAGCUGACUCUGAGAGUCAGGUGACUCCCUUUGCUAAAGCUGGGUUUUUCAGCAAGAUGUCAUUUUGGUGGUUGAAUCCUCUAAUGAAGAUGGGCUACAAGAAACCCCUUCAGGACAAAGACAUGCCACUUCUAGGCGCCACAGAUCGAGCACACAACCAGUACUCAGUGUUCAUGGAGAAGCUGAAUGCCAAGAAGCGGCCGCCUUCACACGCCGCACCAUCAUUCUUCUGGACUAUUGUUUCCUGUCACAUGCAUGCCAUCUUGGCCUCGGGCUUCUUUGCUUUGCUCAAGGUUCUCACUGUAACUGCUGGCCCAGUAAUUCUCAAGGCAUUCAUCAAUGUAUCAGUUGGGAAAGGGAACUUUAAACAUGAAGGCUAUGUGCUCGCUGCGUUGCUGUUUGUCUGCAAAUGCUGUGAAUCGUUGUCACAGAGACAGUGGUAUUUCCGCACUAGGAGAUUAGGACUGCAGGUGAGGUCACUCCUGUCAGCGGCUAUAUAUAAGAAACAACAGAAGCUAUCAAAUGCAGCAAAAAUGAAGCACUCUUCUGGAAAUAUUAUGAACUAUGUGAUCGUCGAUGCGUAUCGGAUUGGGGAAUCCCCAUACUGGUUCCAUCAAACAUGGACAACAAGUGUUCAGCUUUGCAUUUCACUGGUAAUUCUAUACGAUGCGGUUGGCGCUGCAAUGAUUUCAUCUUUGGUUGUCAUUGUUAUGACCGUACUGUCCAAUGUUCCAUUGGCCAGACUGCAACACAAAUCUAAGAGUAAACUUAUGGAAGCACAAGAUGUGAGAUUGAAGGCCAUGUCUGAGUCAUUAGUUCAUAUGAAGGUCUUGAAACUUUAUGCAUGGGAAUCUCACUUCAAGAAGGUCAUCGAGGGGUUGAGAAAGGUUGAGUACAAGUGGUUGUCAGCAUUCCAGCUUAGGAGGGCAUACAACAUUUUCAUGUUCUGGUCUUCACCCGUUCUGGUUUCGGCAGCGACCUUUCUGACAUGCUAUCUUUUGAAAAUCCCCCUUAAUGCUAGCAGUGUCUUCACCUUUGUGGCAACUCUACAUCUUGUGCAAGACCCAAUAAGGUUAGUACCAGAAGUUAUUGCAGCUGUGAUACAGGCUAAGGUUGCGUUCACUCGGAUAUCAAAGUUCCUUGAUGCACCUGAGCUAAACGGGCAAGUUAGGAAGAAAUUUUGUGUUGGCAUUGAUUACCCUAUAGCGAUGAAUUCGUGUAGCUUCUCGUGGGAUGAGAGAACAUCAAAACAAACUCUAAAGAAUAUAAAUCUGAUAGUCAAAGGUGGAGAAAAGAUUGCGAUUUGUGGAGAGGUAGGAUCAGGAAAGUCGACACUUUUGGCUGCUGUACUCGGAGAGGUCCCCAAAAUUGAAGGCAUGAUCCAAGUCUGCGGGAAAAUGGCAUAUGUUUCUCAGAAUGCAUGGAUCCAAUCAGGAACUGUGCAAGAAAAUAUUCUCUUUGGAUCACCGAUGGACGGGGAAAGAUACCACAACACAAUUGCGAGGUGCUCGUUGGUCAAGGACCUUGAAACGUUGCCAUAUGGAGAUUGUACCCAAAUUGGGGAGAGAGGCAUAAAUCUUAGUGGUGGUCAGAAGCAACGCGUCCAGCUUGCUCGUGCACUAUACCAAAAUGCAGACAUCUAUCUUCUUGAUGACCCUUUCAGUGCUGUUGAUGCCCAUACAGCCACAAGUCUCUUCAAUGAAUAUGUCAUGAGUGCUCUAUCAGACAAGACCGUACUUUUGGUGACGCACCAAGUGGAUUUUUUACCCGUAUUUGACUCAAUUUUGUUAAUGUCAGAUGGAGAGGUUAUCCGGUCUGCACCUUAUCAAGAUCUAUUGGCAGAUUGUGAAGAAUUUAAAGACCUUGUAAAUGCCCAUAAAGAUACUACUGGUGUUUCGGAUCUUAAUAACAAUAUACCCACUCAAAGACCUGAGGAAGUAUCAAUAAAGGAGAAACAUGAUAUUUGUGGAAGUAGAUAUACAGAGUCUGUGAAGCUAUCACCGGCAGAUCAACUGAUCAAGAAAGAGGAAAGAGAAACAGGGGAUGCAGGUGUUAAGCCUUAUAUGCUUUACCUGCGCCAGAACAAAGGCCUCCUGUAUUUCUCUUUGUGUAUGAUUUCCUACACAAUGUUUGUAGCUGGGCAAAUAUUACAGAAUUCGUGGAUGGCUGCUAAUGUCCAAAAUCCUCGUGUCAGUACACUGAAGUUAAUUUCUGUCUACAUUAUUAUCGGAGUUUGCACAAUGUUCUUCUUGCUAUUAAGAUCUUUUGUGGUUGUUGUUCUUGGGAUCCAGACAUCAAGAUCCUUAUUUUCCCAAUUGCUCAAUUCAUUGUUCCGUGCACCAAUGUCCUUUUUUGAUUCUACUCCUCUUGGAAGGGUUCUUAGCCGGGUCUCUUUAGAUUUGAGUAUUGUUGACCUUGAUGUUCCAUUUUCCUUUGCGUUUAGUCUUGGUGCGAGCUUAAGUGCAUUUAGCAAUCUAGGGGUAUUGGUUGCUAUUACAUGGCAAGUUCUGUUUGUAUCCGUGCCAGUGAUAGUUUUGGCAAUUUGGUUGCAGAGGUACUAUCUUGCCUCAGCCAAGGAAUUGAUGCGGAUCAAUGGUACUACCAAGUCUGAUCUAGCAAAUCACUUAGGUGAAUCGAUUUCAGGGGCUAUAACAAUAAGGGCCUUUGAGGAAGAAGAUCGUUUCUUUGCUAAAAAUUUGGAUCUUGUUGACAAGAAUGCCAGUCCAUAUUUCUGUAAUUUUGCAGCAACUGAAUGGUUGAUUCAACGUCUGGAGAUACUGAGCACUGCAGUUCUUUCUUUUUCUGCCUUCAUCAUGGCCCUCCUUCCUCAAGGAACCUUUAGCCCUGGUUUUGUGGGAAUGGCAUUGUCCUAUGGUCUUUCCCUAAAUUUUGCGUUUGUUGUCUCUAUUGAAAUGCAAUGCAAACUUGCGAAUCAAAUAAUCUCGGUGGAACGGGUGAACCAGUACAUGGACAUACAAAGUGAAGCAGCAGAAGUUGUUGAAGAAAAUCGACCGUUAUCAGAUUGGCCCCAAAAUGGCAAUGUGGAUAUUAGGGAUUUGAAGAUCAGGUAUAGGAAAGAUGCUCCCCUUGUACUACAUGGAAUCACUUGCAGGCUUGAAGGUGGAGACAAGAUUGGUAUAGUUGGUCGAAUGGGAAGUGGCAAGACAACGUUAAUUGGUGCAUUGUUUCGUCUUGUUGAACCCGCCGAAGGGAGAAUAAUUAUAGACUCUGUGGACAUCAGCACGAUAGGCUUGCAUGACCUGCGUUCGCAUUUGGGUAUCAUUCCACAAGAUCCAACACUUUUUCAGGGUACAGUAAGAUACAAUCUAGAUCCCCUUGGGAAAUUCUCAGAUCAACAAAUAUGGGAGGUUCUUGACAAAUGUCAACUUCUUGAAGCUGUCCAGGAGAAGGAACAGGGACUGGAUUCACAUGUUGUGGAAGACGGGUCGAACUGGAGUAUGGGUCAAAGGCAGCUCUUCUGUCUGGGACGCGCACUUUUGAGAAGAUGCCGCAUCUUAGUUCUGGAUGAAGCGACAGCCUCCAUAGACAAUGCAACAGAUGCUAUCCUUCAGAAAACGAUCCGGACAGAAUUCAAAUAUUGCACCGUUAUUACAGUUGCACACCGUAUACCAACAGUUAUGGACUGCGAUAUGGUACUUGCAAUGAGCGACGGGAGAGUAGUGGAGUAUGACAAACCUAUAAAGCUCAUGGAAACUGAAGGAUCUCUCUUCCGCAAUCUGGUCAACGAGUACUGGUCAUACACAUCGAACGGAAAUAUUUAGAAGAGACUGCCAAUUUUUAUGUUUAGCUGCUGCAGCUUUCCAAGAGAUAAAAGAUAAAUCAGCCUUUUGAAAAUAAUGAUACUCUAUGCUACCUCAGAGGUAUCCAUCUGUUUGGAAUAGGAAUUAAAGACGGUACUAUCUGUUGUUAUUGUCUGGAGAUUUCUUUUGCUAUGUAUUGGUACCAGAAAUUCUGUGCAAUACAUUGUGGACUGCCGCUGCUCUUUGGAAUUGGUGAAGCUGAACAUAGUAAAUCCCUGAAGAUUUCCGCGCUCCAGUAAUCAAACCCUGAAGAUUUCCCCGCUAUCUGCAACCUCUGCCUGCGAUACAAGUUGAGCAUAUGUGUUUUGCUGACAGUGUUAUGGCCGAGUCGUUUGUUGAUUAGCAAGUUUAUGCUGAAUGCAUUGGCUUUAUGAUUGAGGUUCAAGAUUAUGCAAUGUAAAGAACUGCCUUUGUGUUGGUUUCAUUUUUGGAUAUGCUUCGAUGUAUUUCAUCAAUGGGAAGCAGCUUUGCUUUGCGUUUGUGUUAAGAACCGCCUUUUAUGUUGCGACUGGCAUAACGGGCCGCGAGUUCCUACAGAGCCACAAAGAAUAGUUGAAACUGUAUUUGGUGUAUCCCU